UUAUCCCUUUGUCAGUCCGUUAGUCAGUAUAUUUGUAGACCCAGGAAUCGAUAGUGUUUACUUUAGGCCUCUACAGCUUGCCACUUCUCCUCCAGUUGGAUCAAGAUAAGAAUGGAGAGGCGAAGACCCCGAAAGUCCUCGCGUAAAUACGUGCGCUCCAAAUCGAAUCCAUCAGUUGGAGGAGGAGUAGCGGAAGGCAGUCCUUCAGCAUUGCCUGCCACCGCCAAAGCGAUACUCCUCCAGCCGGACGGUAAUCAAGCACCCACCAUGAUGACAUCCCUUCUGGGCGAACGACUUAAAAGAGUUUCUCGCAUCGCAAGAGCUCCGCACAGCCUACAAGUUACCGAAAACCCAGAAGAAGGUGGAGCACCAAUCGUACCAAUAAGAGAAUCCGGCGCAUCGGAGGUGUCAGAAGUAAAUCCGGGGGUUAUGGUCAUUCCGGAGGCGGCCAGUCCCCGGGGUUCGGCGGUGCACGGACCACACGCUAGCUUGGUGUUCAGCGCUGAAGCCAGGGAUUCGGAUAGUACGCGGGUAUCGGAGGAAGUGGUAGAGGUGUUCCGAACCUCUUCGGCGAGAACCACAUCCAAUGAGCCGGCAGGGGGCAAUCUGCGCUUUGAAUCCACUCCCGUGGCUAUAGACGGCAAUAUAAACUUCUCCCCGAACGCCAUCUACGAUCAGAACAGGUAUAGCAGCAUGAUGUCCAACGGGGAUUACAACAAUGGCAACAGGGGUAUAAGUGAGAGGAGCUUGGGAGCCUGCCACCAUGGCUGGGCGAUGCGGCAACAACAAGCUGCCGCUGGACCUGCCGGCAGAGACACCCUGGGAUUCGCCAUCAGUCUGGGCGCCGCUAAUUUGGGCCAGGACCGAUGCAGUCUGGGCGUUGCAUGCGAUGAGGACUGUGGCUAUGGAACUGGCUGUGAUUUCGGAUGCGGCCAGGCCCAUGGCGUUGAUCCCGGAAGCUUUCUAGGUUCGGGAACCAUGGGUACUGGCCCCUUAACAUUGGCAACGGGAUCAGGAGGCCCACCUGUGCAGAGCGCCCUGCGAGGAGCUCAAGGUGGAGGCUAUAAGCCAGUUGGCGCCGGGCAGCGGGGAACUUUUGGAACAGAUUUCGGAAGUGAACAGCUAAACUUCUUCGUUACCUUCCUACUGGAGGUCCUCGGUGUUUUAGUUUUUUUUGCCAUCUGCACGAUAACAUUUUGGAUUACUCUGGGCUACCAUGUUGUCCAGUUGCUGGUGGACCUAAAGAACGCCGAUCGCAACAUUCAGGUGGCGGUGGCCAUUGUGUUCGGGCUGCUGCUCGUCGCGUUUGCCAUAUCGCAGGUGACGAACCUCAGUGGUUCCUGCUGUCAUUCACGGGAUCGAGCCCGUUCCAGGGCCAAAAGUGGUGGCAUUGGCUUCUUUCACAGAUCCACCAAGGCCAAGACCAAGAGCUGUGCCUCCAAAGCCAAGACCUGUGCCCAUAAGUCGAAGAUUAAGAAGGCAGCCAGUUGUGGACCUAGCCUGGGCUUCCACACGCACCGCAAAACGAGGUACACGGAUUGCGAGGGACGGGCAAUUUUCUUGAGCUCCAGACGAUAUGCUAUUCCGACUGAGAUGAAACAACCACCCACCAUUGUGCUCUGGAUGCGCGACACACUGGCUCGCAUGCUGCAGUAACCACCAAUGACGCCACACGUUGGGCGCCACUAAUACUUAAGCUGAGUUGAGACUGCCUAACUAUAUGUAUUGCCUAUUGCCUGGAGACACGAACCAUUCGACCAUUUGCAAAAAUUUCAAUUUGAAUAAACUUUAAGAGACAAAUUUGA